AUGGCGCCGGCGAUCAUUGAAGUGAACUUCCCGCUCAACAAAAUCACGAGCGAGGACUACGCGAGCGAUGAAUACCUCCUGAAUUGCAUGGGCAAGGUGAACGACACACCGGAGGAGGACGGUAUGCCGCUGCGGGCGUGGGUGAUCAAGGAGGCACAUGAUGCCUUGGUGAAGAACCCGAAGCUGCGCGAAGUCGUGGUGAAGCCGACGGCGGUCAAGAACAGCUCGACGCAUUUCCGUGUCGUUAUUGAGGAGUAA